AUGGCGAGCGGGAGCGGCAAGGCGAAGGCGUCGUCGUGGGCGGCGGCGAUGAGCCUGGGCACCGUGGAGGCGCUCAAGGACCAGGGCGGCCUGUGCCGCUGGAACUACGCGUUCCGUCAGGCGCAGCAGCGCGCCAGGAGGCCAGCAGGCGCGAACGGCUCCGGCGGCCCCGGCAGCAGCGCCUCGGGCUGCGCCGCGGCGGCCGCGGCGGCGAAGAGGAAAGCGAAGCAGCAGGAGGAGGAGCUUCGGACGGUCAUGUACCUCAGCAACUGGGGUCCCAACAACUAG